AUGGAUAGAAACAUUCUUGAUGCUGCUAGUGGUGGAGCACUUGUCGAUAAAACUCCAGUUGCUGCUAAAGCCCUGACUGAGAACAUGUCACCCAACUCCCAACAAUUCACAACCAAAAAUAAUUCUAUGGUCCAAACAAAAGGUGUGAAUGACAUUCAGAUCUCCUCUUCCAACAAGGCCUUAGAAACCAGAAUUGAAGAGCUUACUUCUUUAGUGAAACAAAUGGCAGUGAGUAAACCUCAAACAUCAAAGUUGUGUGGUAUUUGUACUUUUACUGAACAUCCAACUGACACAUGUCCUAUUCUUCAAGAUGAGUCGGUCACUCAGUUGCCUCAAGCAUAUGCAACUAACUUUUUCAAACAAAGCAACAAUCAGAAAGGGUACAACAUUCCUGACUUGUUCACCAACAAAUAUCACCCCAAUUGGAGAAACCAUCCAAACCUUCGAUAUGGAAACCAGCAGCCCACCCAACAACAAUUAGUUGCACCCCUGCCACAGACCACUCCCCAAGUCUUCACCUCUGCACCUUCCGGACCUUCAUUAGAGGAUCUUGUCAAACUAAUGGCUGUGAACAAUCUCCAAUUUCAGCAACGAACAGAUUCCAAAACUGAACCCUCUGUUGUGGUAGAAACUGAAAAGGAAAAAGAGAAGGAGUAUGUGCCACCAGUUCCCUUCCCACAUAGAAUACUGAAAAAUAAAAGGACUGGUGAUGGAGAUAAUGAGAGAGAGAUUUUAGAUGUGUUCAGAAAAGUGGCGGUAAACAUUCCGCUUCUUGAUGUUAUUAAGCAGGUUCCAAAGUAUGCAAAAUUUCUAAAAGACUUGUGCACAAGUAAGAAAAGGUUGAAGGGAAAUGAGAGAGUAAAUUUGGGACGAAACAUUUCAGCCCUUAUCCAGCCUAAACAUUCACCUGAAAAAGCUAUUGUUUCAUCCCUCAAUCAGGCCAUACCCCAAAAGUGCAAGGAUCCAAGAACUUUUGUUAUUCUGUGUACCAUUGAGGAUAGUAAAUUCGAAAAUUGA